GUUAAACUGCCGUCUGUCUGGACCAGCACGGAUCUCAAACUGAGCUCAUUAACUGAAGCUGCGGCUUUUUAAAUGCAAAACCUCAGAGAUGCAGUUUGGGAACUCUCGGGACAAGACUUAAAUUAUACAAGGACCACUGGGCGUGCUGAAAAACAGGCUGUAAUCAAUACUUGUGCUCAUAAGAUGAAUGUCGCAGUAUUAAAAAAACACACCACCUCCGUUGGAGGAAUAAAUUGUGUUUAAUGUAGUAUUCUUGCAAAUGCAUGUCAUUUUUAUUCUGAAGAGGACGGUGCAGGGGUAGAGCUGCGUUACAGAUGAGGAACAGGGUGAGAGAGUGUGUGUGUGUGGUGGGCUCACUUCCUGUCUCUCUCUCUCUUUUUUUCUUUGCACUUCUGGGGGCGUGGAGCUGACUAAGGAGGUGCGAGAUCACAAAGAGAGAGAAACAAGAGGCAGAGAGCAGAGGACCCGGCAGACCAAACAUAGUCAUAUCUGUGAGUGCAGGAGAGAGGAGACGAAGAAAUAAAAAAGAGAGACUGACACACAAAAAGACUGAAGGGCACGCUGAGCUGCGAGGAGGACGGGGAGAAGCAGGCAGGCGCUCUUAAAAAAAGGAUGUGAGGAACGUGGAGACGGCUGGAUUUAUGACUCAUUCAGAGGCCGAUAAGACCGCAAAGGAAGAAGUGUGAAAGGACUUGGCUAUUUCUUUUCUUUUCUUAUUAAUAAGCACGUAAGCAUCUGUGGUUUUUACAGUUUGAUGGAGGACACGAACGCACUGGACCGCCGCGCUCUCGCACCUCUCUGCACGUUCCCACACAUUUAAAACUGCAGCUGUGCUCGAGUCUCCCACGGAGGGAAAAUUGAUGAGCUUAAUGAUCAACAACCCUCAGACGCGAUGAGCACCUUCUCUUCCCCCUUCGCUAACUCCUCUCUUCGAGUGUCUACCUCAGCCUUCCCCUUCUCGACCGCCCCUCUCGUCUCCACCUCUUCAGCGGUCUCCCCAAACCAGUCAGAACCGCAGUGUUCGUUUGAUGACGAGGCCCUCCGUCUGCCGCUUGCAGUCCUGUACUCCCUGUUCUUCAUCUUCGGGCUCGUGGGUAACCUCUUCGCCCUGUGGGUCUUCCUUUUCCUGCAUUCGAGUCGCAACUCCGUGCGGGUCUUCCUCAUCAACUGCGCUGUGGCUGAUCUCGUCCUGCUGGCAUGUCUGCCCUUCAGGAUUUUCUACCAUGUGAAUGGAAACAAGUGGGUGCUGGGAUACGUGGCCUGUAAGCUGGUGGGGAAUCUGUUUUACAUGAACAUGUACAUCAGCAUCACACUGCUGGGACUCAUCAGCUUGGACCGAUUCUUGAGGUUGAAGGGGAAAGGCCGAGCACGGAGAUGCAUGAGGAUGCCAAUGUUGGGGCGUGGCUGGCCGUGGAGCUGGGUGGUGUGCGGUACUCUGUGGGGUCUGUCACUGGUGGCGCUGGUGCCCAUGAUUGCCAUGGCAGAAGACAAAGAGUUCAAUGACAAAUGUUUCCAGUAUAAGCAGCGUAGCAGCAAAGCCAAAGGGAAAGCCUACUUCAACGGCGUGCUGGUGUUGUUGUUCUGGCUCGUCUUCGUCAUGCUCAUGGUGUCCUAUGGGAAGAUCGCGUCGCAGUUGCUGAGCGUGUCGCGGGAUAAGCCUGACCUCCCGAACGCACAGAGAUACAAACGAACCGCCAAAAAGUCCUUCUUUGUCCUCUUCCUGUUCACCGUCUGCUUUGCACCAUACCACGCCUUCCGCCCAUUCUACAUCCUGUCCCAGCUCAGCAGUUCAGUGACUUGCACCCAGUUGCAAAAGGUGGACCGGACCAAUGAGGUGAUGCUGUUACUUUCCGCCUUUAAUAGCUGUUUGGAUCCUGUCAUGUACUUUCUGUUGUCUGGCUCAGUGCGCAAAACUGUGCUCCAAACGCUCGGCCACCGACUGGGCAACAGGUUUCUCUUCCUAAACGACGCGACAUCCAACAGCUCGACGAUGGAGUUCAGACGACCGUCUGUGCCCAUGGGUUUACCAAACACCCCCUCAGGCACCCCCAGGUCAAGUAUCUGUGUCAUCAACUCUAACCUCCGCCGCACAGGGCUGAACGCACUUCCACCUAUUGGCCAGCAGCGAUUAAAUAAUGUCUGAACGCAGGAGAAAUGAAUAAAGGGACAUGACUCGUCAGCUGUUUGUCAAUCGAAGCAAAGCAUUUCUGCACUUCUACCUACUUCUUUUGUUAAAAUAAUAAAUAUGUUAUUACUUUUACUGAGAUAUUCUGAUUGUGUUCGUGGGAAUCACGAAUGCCUGACAAUGCUGAGUAGACGCAUGCCAGUGACUACCGGGACUGCAGUUUUCCUAAGAUCACACGCCAGGAAGAGUGUGUUUGUAAAAAUAAGUAACUGUGUAUAUUGGCAAUGAUGGACUGAAUGCAUCAGAGGAAUAAUGUUAAAACCAACAUAGGAAUAUGUUAUUUUCUAUUUUGAAAAACUAGAAUAUAAACCUUCAAAUACAUGGUUUUGUCAGUU